AUGACGACGACGACGACAGACCCAAACAAGCCACUUCUCGAGAGGGCGAGAACGAGAGAUUCCCUUACGUUGUUCCUGUACAACCCCAUCCCGGGCUUUGCUAUCGUCUGCUUUGACAACCACCCCACGAAAACUGCCCCCAGAAGUUUCCACAAAGUGAUGGAUGACCUAGGAGACCGACGGCAAAAUCUCGACAUGCAGUUCUUGCUCUCUCCCAGAGCCUUAGAUGAUGGUGAUAAAAGUGAGCUAUCCUUCGGACCCAACGAUACAACCUAUGCGCUCUUUCGGUGCGGGCCAGACUUCCGCGAACUCGGGCGCAUCGAAGCCCGUCGAGGGUAUGAUCAUUCCAAGGAUCUCUCGUCCUUCCUGCUCAGAAAACGAGGUGAUUCCAACGACAAGGAGAGUACACUCGCCCAAAAGCUCGGUGUAGAGAGAACCAAAGCCCGCAUCAAUGUCUACUUGAAGUACAUGAGCAAGAAGCACGAGACAGACCUUGGGGAAGUCAACAGUGAAGGAAAGGCGUAUGUCAAAAGUGGAGACCAUGACAUUGCCAUCAUUGCAUCUGGCAAAGGCGGAGGGAUGGUCCGGCUGCUCAGCUACAUUGGCAAGGAAAAGCACGGAGGAGACGCAGAGCUCCUACAGGAAGUUCUUCAGUGGAACUUUGGCGAAAGCUUUGUUGGUGAAUACAACAUUGGUGUUGAUGCCAGCACGACGCGCUUCACCCUGGAAUGCUUCCUCCACAACAUAGAAGAGAACGGCUGGAACGAGGUGAAUUUCAACAACAUGGUCUGUGCCUUUGGUGGGUCAUGCAAGACAAUCGACGAGAAGAUCAGAGAGUUCAAGAAGAAACAAGAGGAAAAGAAGUUACCUAAAGAGGAGAGAGAACUCCCAAGCGAGGAGCUUCGAGAAAAGAGGCUCUCCAAGUAUGGCCUAGAGAAGGAAGAGAACCUCACCGGAAGCGACAAAGAAAAGGGAAGAUACAAUUGCUGGUGUUGUCGAAAGUGUUUCAAGACAGAGGCCCAGCUGAAGAACCAUAUGCACAGCAAGAAGCACAAGCAAAGCUGGCGAAAGUGCAAAUCGGCUUACCGGCAGCAGGAAGAACUGGAGCACACUCUUGUCGGCCCAGAGGUUCUCACCCCCGCCAAGGCCAUGUUACCGACAAGUGCAGAAGACGAGAAGAGGAUAAAGAUUGCCAGCCUCACGGCGGAACGAAGGGAGAUGUAUCGCCACAAAAAGAUCUUGAGGGAACUCAUUUCCCAGGACAAGCAAGAAAGGAAAACGAACGGAGGAAAACUGAAGCCAAAGCUUGGAGUUGACGGGUACCGGCCAACAGGCACUUUCUACGAUACUGAUAGGUAA